CUCCAAGGUUCGAUUCCCACUUUUCUCUUAUUAAUUUAAUUCCUUCGUCCUUUAAAGUCUUUGUUUUUCCUUAUUUUUAGCUUAUACAGAUCUUAUUUUCUUUUUCUAUCGUAAUUUCCUGUCCAUUUGCUUGAAGGGAAUACUGCAGAAUGGGUAAGGAAAAGACUCACAUUAACAUUGUCGUAAUUGGCCAUGUUGACUCUGGAAAGUCAACCACCACUGGUCACUUGAUCUACAAGCUUGGAGGUAUUGACAAGCGUGUCAUUGAAAGGUUUGAGAAGGAAGCUGCUGAGAUGAACAAGAGGUCAUUCAAGUAUGCUUGGGUGCUUGACAAGUUGAAGGCUGAGCGUGAACGUGGUAUUACCAUUGAUAUUGCCUUGUGGAAGUUUGAGACCACCAAAUACUACUGCACUGUCAUUGAUGCCCCUGGACAUCGUGACUUUAUCAAGAACAUGAUUACUGGUACCUCCCAGGCCGACUGUGCUGUCCUUAUCAUUGACUCUACCACUGGAGGUUUUGAGGCAGGUAUUUCCAAGGAUGGACAGACCCGUGAGCAUGCUCUGCUUGCUUUCACUCUCGGUGUCAAGCAAAUGAUUUGCUGCUGCAACAAGAUGGAUGCCACAACCCCCAAAUACUCAAAGGCUAGGUAUGAUGAAAUUGUGAAGGAAGUGUCUUCCUACUUGAAGAAGGUUGGUUACAACCCUGAGAAGAUUCCUUUUGUCCCCAUCUCUGGUUUUGAGGGUGACAACAUGAUUGAAAGGUCCACCAACCUUGAUUGGUACAAGGGUCCAACUCUUCUCGAGGCUCUUGACCAGAUCAAUGAGCCCAAGAGACCCUCUGACAAGCCACUCCGUCUUCCACUUCAGGAUGUGUACAAGAUUGGAGGUAUUGGAACUGUCCCCGUGGGUCGUGUUGAAACUGGUAUCCUCAAGCCUGGUAUGGUUGUAACUUUUGGUCCCUCUGGAUUGACCACUGAAGUUAAGUCUGUUGAGAUGCACCAUGAGUCUCUUCCAGAGGCUCUUCCAGGUGACAAUGUUGGCUUCAAUGUCAAGAAUGUUGCUGUGAAGGAUCUGAAGCGAGGAUAUGUUGCUUCGAACUCGAAGGAUGAUCCUGCCAAGGAGGCAGCUAAUUUCACUUCCCAAGUCAUCAUCAUGAACCACCCAGGGCAGAUUGGAAAUGGAUAUGCACCUGUCCUUGAUUGCCACACCUCCCACAUUGCAGUCAAGUUUGCAGAGCUGGUGACCAAGAUUGACAGGCGUUCUGGUAAGGAGCUUGAGAAGGAACCCAAGUUCUUGAAGAAUGGUGAUGCAGGAUUUGUUAAGAUGGUUCCCACCAAACCCAUGGUUGUGGAAACCUUCUCUGAGUAUCCCCCACUGGGUCGUUUUGCUGUGAGGGACAUGAGGCAGACUGUUGCUGUCGGCGUUAUCAAGAGCGUGGAGAAGAAAGAUCCAUCUGGAGCCAAGGUGACAAAGUCUGCUGCCAAGAAGGGUGGCAAGUGAACCGUGCGGGUUUUAGUUGAUCCAACCAAACUAUAUCAUUACAAUAUAACUUUUGUUAUGUCCAUCAUAGUCAGUUGUUUAAAUAGUUAUAGUUUCAAGUCAUCACCGUCUUGUGGAGGAUAUUGUUCGCAGAACUGGGUUCUUGAUAGGCGGUGGUGAGUCCGUUGUGUAGUUUCAAACUCUUUAAAAUGUGUCCAUGUUAAAUACAGGAGAUUUUAGGUGGAUUCCUGGACUCUUAUUGGCUUUGAAUGUUUGUUACACGCAGCAUUUUGAUAUCUAAACUUUGGUUUGUUUUAAUGCACAUUUAUUUAGUAAAAAAAGUGUAAUAAAUAUUAAUUGAUAGAUUAAACUUGACUGAUAAGUACAGGUAUUAAGAGUUUUGGUUUGGAUUUUGGCACAUUUUCUUUGUUUUGGAGAUGGAGCUUAUAUAAGAUAAAUAUUAUUUUCUUCUCA